AGGACAGCACUAUUCUCUCAACUCUCUCAGCCAUCUAGAAACUUCCAGAUCAAGCAGCCGCACCACUCUGCCAAAUAAAAUUGAGAUAAAAUGACUAAAGGAGGAAAGAGAUACGCAAAUAUGGAGAAAGAUGGCAGUUGGUUUGCCCAUGUUAACUCCCCACAGUGUGAAGUAACACGAGAAGCCUGUACCACCACAGGAGCCAUGCUCUCCCAGGCCGUACCGCAACACAUGCAAGGACAAGAGAGAUAUCCCAAAAUGUCUUUCAACCCUGAAAAGAAGACAACAGACAGGAGCUAUCCGUUUUCAAAGCAUGAUAAUCGAUGUUCACUGCAAGACAAUAUAGAUACAUAUAAUCAAGGCUCGGGUCGUAAGAAGUGUAUGGAUGACCGCCGGCAGCAUACCUCCCAUUUCUGCUUCUGUGAUGAUGACAAUGUGAGUGCAGGAUCGUCAGGGAGCAGGAAUCAUUCAACUUAUCAGGCUGACUUCCUGCCCAAGCAGAACACAGAGAGCGCAGAAAGCACACAGCAGAAUCACCGUUUUCCCAAGAACCAUCUCGAACAGUCAAAUAAGGCUGCUGUGACCCAAUCUAAGGAGACUUACAUGUGGUUUGCAAGGGAUGAUAUGAAUCAGUACAUACCUCUUAACGUACUGGCAGGUGCCAACCACUCCUCAGCCUUCUAACUGAUAUAAGCCUAUUACAGAAAAGCACAUUAAAAUAAAUGAAUGAGUGCAACAGUAGCGCACUGCGCAUGCACAUAUGCAAUCACCAGAACGGCGAAUCAUGGUUUCGCGAUACGAACAGUUAAUCUCAUGUUAUCAAAGGUACACAAGAACGAGUAGCGAGGCCACUAUGUCAUCGUGUUGUAAGAAUGAGUGUAACAAGAGCGAAACUUCGUAACCAAUCAGCACUUAUCCUGAUCAAGUUCAAUUACCUGCUCUACUUCUUGAUAAACUUCGGAACCAAUCAGAACCAGAAACGAAAUAAGAGAAACCUCGUUAUAACUUUGUAGUAUUGGAAGAUAAUCAGCAGAUAAAAAGAUAAACGAAAUUCACCUCGUGGUUCGCCAAGGCUACUGAUUCGAUAUCGAGUAAGUGGUGUUUAUUUUAAGAAAAUUUACCUUUUGAUUAUCACAGCUUUUGGAUUUAUAAGCAGCAGCCACAUGUACCCAUAGGGUGCCUAUUUUCAAUAAGUCUGCUUUUGUGACAAUGUUGUUAA